AAGACGAUCGAUGUUCAUGCUACAAAUUUAAUUGCUCGGUGGUUUCUAUUUUGUCAAAAAAUUGAAUUAUUUCAAAAGAAAAAAUUUUCAAUUUAAAGAAAAAUGCAGUCGAAUGCGGAAAGUGGUAAGAGACCACUUUUAAAAGUCAUAAUACUUGGGGACAGCGGUGUGGGAAAAACUUCCUUGAUGAAUCGAUUCGUAAACAAAAAAUUUAAUUGUGCGUACAAAGCAACUAUCGGAGCUGAUUUCCUUACAAGAGACAUUACUGUCGAUGAUAAAGUCGUUACCUUGCAGAUUUGGGAUACAGUUGGGCAAGAAAAGUUCCAGUCACUUGGUGUUGCAUUCUACAGAGGAGCUGACUGUGUAAUUUUAGUUUAUGAUGUAACUUCGCCAGCAUCAUAUCAUUCUAUUGAAAUCUGGAAAGACGAAUUUCUUAUACAUGGUUCCCCAAGAGACCCACGAAAUUUCCCCUUCGUCGUGCUUGGAAAUAAAGUUGACUUAGGAAACAGAAUCUGCUGUCAAGAUAAAAUUCAAGAUUUAUUGUCCUGCGACUAUGAAGUACCUUGUUUUGAAACAAGCGCUCGGGAUGGAACAAAUGUUGAAGAAGCAUUUCAUGCGUUAGCGAAGAUGGCGUUAGCAAAAGAGAAGGAUGAUAAUUUAUUUAACACAUUGCCAGAAGUUAUCAAUCACACAGAAAACGAAAGGGCAUUUAAUAGAUGUUUUUGCUGAUAUUAAUAGUUGUUAUUGUGUUUCGAUCAAUUAAAGAGAAAUUUCUGAUUUCUUU